CAGGUCAAGUUGAUCCGGCAGAGACUCAGGACAGCUCAGAGUUUUGCAAUUCGCGUUUGCCGAGCGAUAUUACAGUAGUCGUGGAUGAAGUGAACUUCCAUCUUCACAAGUUUCCUCUCAUAUCACGAUGCGGAAAGAUAGCUACCGACCUCGAACAACCCCAGAGCACCACAAACACCACAUCAACACUAGCCCUCGAGCAAUUCCCGGGCGGGUCCAACACAUUUUUAGCCAUAGUGAAAUUCUGUUACAACUCCCGCAUAGAGUUCACAGCCCGGAACGUUGUAACCUUGUACUGUGCAUCCGAUUACCUUCAAAUGACGGAUGAUUAUGGCGAAAACAACCUGCUCUCGAAAUCCGAGGUCUUUUUCCAUAAACAAGUGCUGCGCCAGUGGAAGGAUUGCAUAUUGGCUCUCCAAAGCUGUGAAAAAAUAAUCUCGAGAGCCGACAAGCUCCACCUCAUAAACCGUUGCAUCAACGCCUUAUCCGUUAUGAUCUUCACGGAUCCCACUUUGUUUGGGUGGCCCAUGAUGAUGUACGGCAGCCUGCAGAGCCCGGGGGGCAGCAUCUUAUGGAACGGGAUAAAUACAGGCGCAAAAAUAGAUACAAAAAGUGAAUCCGAUUGGUGGUUUGAGGACGUGUCGUAUCUUUGUGUCGAGUUAUUCGAGAGAUUAAUACUGACAAUGGGGUCUAAAGGAGUAAAGCCCGAAAUUUUGCUGCGGGCCAUAAUGUACUACUGUAAGAAGUACCUUCCAGGCCUGGGCAGGUGGCAGGGGACUGGGCAGCAAACCGGGUUUUCAGUAACGGUUGCUAGUUUCAGCAUGAAGCCGGCGAAUAUUGAACAGGUUGCUUUAUUAAAAAGUGUUGUGAAAUUACUGCCCGAUAAAAAGGGUGAAUCAUUUUGCCGUUUUCUGCUCGGGCUUUUACGCGUUGCAUUGAUCUUGGGAGUGGAUGAUGAGUGUCGGGAUUGUUUAGAGAGGAGGAUAGGUGCACAGUUAGAGUUUGCGGUUCUCGAUAGUCUUCUAAUCCCUAGUUAUUCGGAAUCCGACACUUUGUAUGAUAGUGAUUGUGUGGAGAGGAUGGUCCAGCAUUUUGUGUUGUCCACGCCUGACCUGGCUCUGGUGUCCCAUUCCUCGUUGCUUGACUUGGAGACGUCCCCGGAAUCUGGACGGUUGAAGAGGGUUGCUAAAUUGAUAGAUGAUUACGUAGCCGAGAUUGCUUCAGACGUUAACUUGAAACCCGGGAAAUUACGUGCACUGGCCGAGGCCUUACCGGAAUCUUCUAGAUCUUUGCACGACGGGCUGUACCGGGCUUUCGAUAUAUACUUUAAGUCACACCCUUGGCUCCCGGACAAAGAUCGCGAGAGCCUGUGUACAAUCAUCGACUUCCAGAAGCUGUCCCUAGAAGCAUGCGCACACGCGUCCCAAAAUGAGAGGCUUCCCCUGAGAGUUGUUUUGCAGGUCUUGUUUUUCGAGCAGAUGCAGCUGAGGACGGCCCUGGCUGGCUGCCUCAACAUUCUGGAGACUGAAAGUGCCCCCGGGCCCUCAAGGGCGAGCCAAGUGGGCCAACAGGAUGGGUGGGUGACAGUGGUCCGCGAAAACCAGGGCCUAAAAGUUGACAUGGAGAGGAUGAGAUCCCGAGUUGGGGAACUCGAGCAGGAAUUCGGGAAAAUUAAGGAAGAAAUGAAAAAAGUGACAAAAUCACAUAGUUACCUUACUUCUCCUCGUUUACUUGCCCACAAGGACGUGCCCAAGAGCUCAAGCUCAACUCCAAGGGCAUCAAUUGGGCUAUCCCGCCCGUCAAUUCGCCUCCCGUGGCAUAGGAAAACUUCAUCUCUAUCUG